UCAAUGAAAACUGCCUCUUUGCAGCUCUCUGGAGAUUGCAGGCACCACAAGCACUCCUUCCUCUGCCUGACCUGGAGCAGAAACUCCAUCCUCAGGAUAGAAAGGUAGCCUUGUUGCCUAGCAAAGGUGGGAUGAUUUAUCUCUGUCUCUAGAUUGGUCCCUUUCUUUUGCUGCUCACGAGAAUUGUUUUCAGACUUCCAAAGAGAAUGAAGCCAGGCUAGAAAUCGGAGUGGAUGUGUGAAAGCUGCUCUCCCAGGGAGGAGAAGGAGUCACUGGGUCUCUGUGCUUUUUAAUCCUGUGCAGCUCAGGACGAUGGUUUUAUCUGCCCCAGUUAUAGCCCUGGGGGCUACCUUAGGGACUGCAACCAGCAUCCUUGCCCUCUGCGGUCUCACCUGCCUCUGCAAAUGCAAGCAACCUGGGAAAGGACUCUCAGAAAAGGACCAAGAGGAGGACACGGAGAAGCCCAGUGUGCUCCAGCCAGCCCAGCAAUUCAACGUUAAGAAAACUGCAGAGCCAGUCCAGCCUCGAGCACUCCUGAAGUUUCCCAACAUUUAUGGCCCCAAACCAGUAGUAACUUCACCUGAAAUUGUUAACUACACGCAGUACUCCCUGAAGACAACAGAAGAACCAGCUACUGGAAAGCAUACUGGUUUGGAUGAGAACAGGAUGAAGAUACAAGUCAACGAAGAGCUGUUUGUUCUCCCUCAAAACGGUGUGGUAAAGGACGUGUGUGUCACAGAGCACUUGAACCCUGAGAGGGCAGCCAGCUGUAACCAGGCCCCUGAGCUGCGCUACUCCCUUACCUAUGAUCAACAAAAAGCCGAGCUGCGUGUGGCCCUUCUGGAAGCUAUGCAUGGCAGAAUGAGUGGGGACCAAGAUGCUGGCUGCCAUUGCUACAUACUGGGCACACUGGUGAGCAAGUCUGGUGUUGCUGAGGCCCAGACAGAGCUGAAGAAGAAGGUGCUUCACACCCUCUGGGAGGAGAUCCUGCGGUUCCCGUUAACGGAGGAGGAGAUGCCAGAGGGGACACUGACUCUCACCCUGAGAAACUGCGACAAGUUCUCCAGACACAGCAUUGUGGGGGAACUCAAACUGAGCCUUGCUGACGUGGAGGAGUCCUUUGGGAUGGCCCAGUGGGAAAGGCUAAAGACCCCAGAGAAG